GUGGGUGAGUAUCAUAUGUUAUAUCUGCAUACAUAUGUGAACCCCGAAACGAUAAGAAUUUAUCACAAAACUCGGAUAAGUCAUAAGCACGUACCACAUAUGCAAAUACAAGGUUGACUACAAAUAUUUUAUUUCUAAUUGCGCAUUUUAGGAAAUCGGAAUGGCUUUUUGCGAUUAAUUAUCUAAUUAUCAGCCUUUAAAAUCUUAAUCCCCGAGAAGUACGAAGUUGGGGUAUGCAUUGUUCUUCAUCUUCAUUGAUGCUAAGCGGUGCCAAUUGAACACACCAAGUGAAGCCAAGUCCUCAUCCAACUUAUCUUUCCAACGCAAAGGAGGACUUCUACUACCACCAGGUGAUGCCGCCUCGAGCACUUUCAGAGCUGAAGCGUUUAUAUCCCUUCGGACAACUUCGCGUCGCUAGUGAAGCCUCUGGAUCUUUAUUUGUUGCACCAUAUCUAUGUCGCCGUAAAGCUCAUACAGCUCAUUUUUCCAUCGCCUACGAUACUCGCCAUCGCCACAAAGAUCCAAAAAUCUUCUUAAGAAUCUUCCUUCCAAACACUCCAAGGGACGGCAUCAUCGGAUAUUUUCAUUUUCUAAGCUUCUGUUGGAUUCCAAGGCUGGCAUUAUUAUCGGUGGUAAUGCUAGUCCCGAAAUAAUAAAGUAUUUUACUCCGCAGAACUUACAGAGCGGUUACUAAGGCCGACUAUGUCAAUAGUGCCUGAGAAAUUAAGUUCUGCAGCUCGCACAAUCUAUUCCAGCAUCCGGUUAAAAAGGUCACUUGAUAAAAAGUUACCCUGUCUGAAACCUCGUUUGGUAUCAAAUGGCUCGGAGAGGUCCUUCCCAAUUCAGACGUUCACACGGAGCUGCUGGUAUUGCCCAGCGUCAUUUUACACACCCUUUUUGAGUGUUUGGCCGAGCUCCUCCUCAUAUUUCUGGUGUUCGCCUUGAUGUUGUUUCACAAAAGAUGGGAACUGCAGUUUUUAGCCGAUUGCGAACGGCAAAUGGAGCUUUUUCAUGGAAGAAAUACACUCGGAGGUUUGGUAUGUCAUUGUCGCAUGCCUGCGCACUUCUGAAUGGUAGUUACGCACCAACCCCUCGGCUACGGCGCCCGCCGUCAAUCUAUACCAUAUAUGUAUGUACAUAUAAAUAUUGGGUCUGUUGCGGCAUUACAUCGAGUAAACUCUGCCAAAGUGUGCAAACGCCGUACAAAAUCAGAGAAUUUCAUCGUUAAAAAAUAUAUAAAAAAUCAUACUAUUAAAAACCAAUCCACCUACAAUACAUAAAAACUGACACUAAAUUUAAUUUUUUCCUUGCUGUAAUUUAUUCAUACCAUAUUACAUAGUCAAACCCAUCAAAACACAUGCAUGUUGUUUAUGUUUUUGUGCAUAUGCAGCUGUAACCUCAUUUGAACCGUUUGCAUGCAUUUCACUGUCUAAUACCAACACUAACUCCCAAUUAUAGUAAAAUCUAAAUUAACAAUUCUGAGCAACAGAGAAGUAUUACGCUCAAGCUUUUUUUUGCAUAAACCUAAAAUAUAGUAAAAAUCAUAUUUACUUUACGGCAAAAUGCGUAUAGAUUCUUUUUUCAAAAAAAUUUGUCAUUAUUUUACUAUUACCAGAUUAUUUUGGACUGUAGUUAUCAGUAUAUCCUGUUGGAAUAUGUCAUCAAUUUUUAUUUUAAUGUUUAAAAGAUACCUUUCCGAUUCAAUCAGUAUAAGUGUCGAAACUUCAUUUCUGCGUUGGAGUAAUACAUUCCCUUCCGUAACACUCUGUUUGUCAAAAAAUCGAUCGAACACUGAAGUUAUGGACUAUGUGAAUCAGCAUAAUAUUAAUUAUAUAAAAAAUAUUCAUAACUAUUUAUUUGUCACUCCAACUAAUAUAAAUAUCAAAGAAAAUUACUGUAAAGGCCUAAAUUCAACAUGUGGAGUCAAUAUUCAUAUUGCAAGAAAACAAUUGCUUACACAAGUUUGUGAGUCUAUAAUAACAGGCGUAACGUUUUUAGAUGAUGAGCACAAAUGUGAAAAAAUAUUUAAAUUCCAUGACCUUGAAAUGGGUUAUUGUUUUCUUGCUAAUAAUAUAAUUGAUUAUCACAAUUUAGAUGAAUUGCCACUAAGAUUCGGUUCUUUUGGUGCGAGAAAAUCUUUGAAAAUGUUUCUAAAACCAGCAUCUUUUUGGAGAUACGAGAUGUAUGUCCAUAGCAAUGAGGACAUACCAUACUUCGGGUUACUCUCACACACUUUAGGACAGGAUCAUAUCAAAUAUACUUACAAUAUGGAAGAAAUGCAAAAUAGUGUGGAAGUUAUAGAUGAAAGCUUUAAAACAAGGAAGUGCAAGUCUCCACAUGAUGUAAUUUACGGAUCGUUUUAUCACUACAGUUUUUCAACCUGCAUGACCGAUCUUAGGAUUGUUUUGGAGGUGAAGUAUUGUAAUUGUACUUUAUUCACGUCCCCAAAAAAAUACUUCAAUUAUUUUUGCGAUAUUCAUGGAAUGGUAUGUGUUUCUAAAGCGGAUAUUACUUCGAAGGCUAAACAAAUCGCCAGAGAGAAAUAUAUAUGUUAUCCAUCAUGCUCGGAGCUAAAACUUCAAUUUGUUGGAUCCGCAGAAAUAAAAAAAUCAUCUCAAGCAGGCUUUGCAUUAAUAGAGAUUGAACUACAAAAUACUCCUUCCCUUCGAUAUAUAAGAAGCGUAACCCAGACACAUCUGGAUUUAGUUGUUUCAGCAGGAGGCGUUAUAGGUUUAUUUAUAGGAGCUUCUAUACUGAGUGCCAUUGAAUGUACAUAUUUUUUCUUUAAAAAAAGUUUCAUUAUGUAAUUAAAAUAUAUUGUAUGAGUAAACAAAUUGCUAUUAGUCCAAAUUAUAUACAUACAUAUGUUGACCAAUAAAACAAAUCGCAACGUUUUUGGACUAUUUCACUUAAGUGUGUAAAGCGAAGCAUAUACGAGGAAUAUUGUUCCAAACAUGGUUGAAGGCUGCCGUAAUCAGAGAACCAAGGCGAAUCUAUUAAAGGUGAUGUUGGUAAAUCAGCUUAUUUGUUGUUUUCUUUCGCCGUGUCCAUGUAGCUGUCAACACAUAAUAAAACAAGACGAAUUAAUUUUUUGUUUUCUACUUCGUCAAAACCUUUAAUUAAUGCGCCUUGCAGAGACGCAAUUAUGAAAUUAUUGAUUUUUUUUUUUUUUGACAGUUGUAUCUGUACGAAGUAUCUGCAGUGAUUUUUUGUUUCCUUUUUAAUAAGAAUAAGGACUUAUAGUUUUUAUUUUUGUAUUGAAGAAAGUGUUUACCGACGCACAAAGAGCUUGGCCAAACAACCAACAAAGGAUAAUUAUAAUUAUAAAAAAAUUACUAAUAUAUCGGGUAUUUUUUUAAGAUGAUGA